AAGUGCCAUUUCUUCUCCCUUCUCCUACCUCCUACACAUCCUCGAAUCACAACCUCACACCUCCUCCCCUGACCGACCACCCCGCAGCUAGCUUCGCGCAGCCAGCACCGACCGAUCGCACGCUAGCUGCUGCUGCUGAGGCGACCGACCGGUUAUCCAUGGCGGUGAAGGACUGCGGCGGGCACAAGGGCGGGGGCUGCGAGUGCCACCGCCGCCGGCUCUACCGCAAGUGCUGCGGCGCGCUGCUGGCCCUCGUCAUCCUCGCCCUCUUCAUCAUCCUCAUCGUCUACCUGGUGCUCCGCCCCCACAAGCCCCGCUUCUACCUGCAGGACCUGGCGGUGCUCUGCCUCAACGUCACGCCGCCCACCUCCGCCUACCUCUUCACCACCAUGCAGGCCACGGUCGCGGCGCGCAACCCCAACGACCGCGUCGGCGUCUACUACGACGAGGCGGACAUGUACGCGGAGUACAAGGGCGUGCCCAUCACCGUCCCCACCCGCCUCCCCGUCGCCUACCAGGGCCACCGGGACCAGUCCGUCUGGUCGCCCUACCUCCGGUCCAUGGACAGCGUCGUGCUCCCGCCGCAGCUCGCCAUCGCGCUGGCGCAGGACGAGACGGCCGGGUACGUGCUGGUGGACGUCAAGGUGGACGGUCAGGUGCGCUGGAAGGUGGGCACGUGGAUCUCCGGCCACUACCACCUCCGGGUCAACUGCCCGGCCCUCAUCAGGGUGAACGAGGGCAAGGGCAGCUACGGCGCCACCACCGGCGGCGGCCCCGACUACUUCCGCUUCCAGCAGGCCGCCGCCUGCGCCGUCGACGUCUGAUCAUGCAUCAUCGGUUCGACCUCCACCGAUCCAUGCCUGUGUCCAAAUUCAAAUUCAGGGGAAUCGAUUGAUUGCUUUUCUCUCUCUAGUUUCUUUCUUGCUUCUUUUUAGUCUCUUUUUGACUUGUUGAUCGAUUGGUUAAAGAAAUGAAUGAAAACAAAAGGUUGAAGCUUCGAUAUCGAUAGUA